CUGGACACUUUUUUUUCCAAACCGAACGUAACCUUGCAAGCUGAAAAACAUGUCUGAAUCACCUUAACAUGAUCCUCUUGGUCGCUCCAGAACUGAAAUUAAAGUGGAAGUGACAGUGGCAGCUCUCGUCCUGCUCUCAGCUAUGUCUGGUAACGUGCUGGUUGUUUAUGUUAUCUACAGAGAUUCCAGGCUCCACAAGGUGACUUACAUGUUUAUUCAUAAUCUAGCAUUGACUGACAUCGCCAUGGCAAUGGCAAGUAUGCCAUUCUGGAUAGCGAGUCUGUCUACGGGAACUUGGAAAUUCGGCCAAGUUUGGUGUCAGGUGGCAGGAUCAACAUCACAUAUUUUGGCAUGUGCCUCUAUAUUCACGAUAGCAUUGAUAGCAUUCAAUAGAUACAUAAAAGUCGUAAAACCCACCCUGUACAGAAAAGUAUUUCCCAGCAAAAGAGCAGCUCGGUUGUAUUGUGUUUUGGUUUGGCUGAUUUCCAUUUUUCUGGCAAUCCUUUUCUUUUUGGAUGGUUAGGUGUAUCAUUUCAUGAGAAACUUGUUAUUUGUGUCCCAGAGAACAAUGUAUACAAAAACACUAGUACAGGAGUGAUUGUCAACGGACUUACGAUCAUGAUAUUUUAUUGUAACUUCAAAAUCUAUAAAGCUGUCAGAGAAAGCACGAGAAAUUUAAACGCUCACGCUGAAGGAAACGGAGUCCGCUCCGCAAAUGAUUCUCGCCGCUCCAAUAUGACUGACGUGAGUGUUUUAAAGACGUGUUUCACCGUAGCGUGUUUCUUUGUGGUAACAUGGUCUCCAAUCUCCAUUAUCGCCGUCAUUUGGACCUUUGGGUUUGAUAUUCCUCAAAAAUUUUAUACAACAAGUGUUUACCUGGCGUUCUCCGGUAGCCUGGUAAAUCCAAUUAUAUAUGGAUUUAUUAAUCCGCAGUUCAAAGUGGCUUUCAAAAAGGCACUGAGUUUUAGUCGCUUUAGUAGCGUGAACACAGAUCAGAAUCACUCAAGGAAUGGAGUAAGACACGAGGUUGCAAAACGAUUAGGGACUGCGGCAUAAUGGAGAUUUGUUUUAUUUUCUAGCCUGAACCGUACUCGCAACUUCCAUUUCUUCUUUACUACUUCAGUACCAUAUAUCACAGGUCUCGAUAAAGCUUUCUUGAGGCAGGUAUACAUCGCUAUCGGAAUUUAUUUUAAGAGCAUUUUAACGUUGACUGCAACAAAAUAACAAGAGAUGUGAGAGAUUUGUUGGUGUCAAUUGAGGGAUUUCACAGUAUCCCACGUCAUCGCCA